GAUAUACAAAGUACCGCAAUCCAUAAGACUCAAUGUAUAAGGGUUUGGCCCUAAAAUGGCGUCAAAAAGUGUACAUAGUGCACACUUUUGUAACAUAUGUGCAAUAAAGUACACUUUUCUAACCUGAGUCCUGCUAAGGAAAGCGAAGAAGUGUAUGACUACGAACUAUCGAAAUGCCGAGUUGUUGUGUGCAAGGGUGCAAAAAUCGGAGAGACAAAGGGUUUCGAUUAUUUCACAUUCCCUCGGGAGAAAGAAAUGAAGAAAGACGGAAGAAAUGGUUAGAAUUAAUUGGAAGAAGAUUGACAGCAAACGUUGUUAUUUGUGAGGUCCACUUUGACGACGGGCAAGUUGAACAAGCUCGCCAAGAUGGAAAAAAACCGCUCCGCUCAUGUGCAAUAUCGACUUUAUUACAAAAACGUAAAAAAGAGACAGAUGAGGAAGCAACAGCUAAAAAGGCUAAAUAUGCAGAGCAUGUAGAGAAUUUAGAAUCUCGUAACGAUACUGAAAGAAGCAAUUCUGAAAUAAUGCAUACUGAACCAACGAAUUCUGUAACGCAUACCGAAACAAGCAAUACUGGAACAACCGAAGACGACAUAACAACAGACACUGCAAAUACGCUGAGUGAAAAAGAACAAAUCAAACAUUUGCAAAUGACAUUGAGGAAAACGUUGCGGCAAUGCAGUGCAUUAAAAAGAAAGCAACGUAUACUACAACAAAGAAAUGUAAAUGUGGAAAAACUAUUUACAAGCGAUCAACUAAACUUUAUUGCAAAUAAUACGCAAAGAGGAAAACAAAUAAAACCUAAUUUAUAUGCUUGUGUCCUUUUUAUUUGUAACAUACAUUUAUAUACAAUUCGCACAAUACAUUCAGAAGUUGAGAACAUAGGUUGGGUUGAGCAUCGCGUGUUGGCCCUAAAAUGGUGGAUGAUUGCGGUACUUUGUAUAUCUAGUGACUAG